CCAUAGUGCUUUCUAGUCGAGUCCCCUCAAAACUUUCCUUUGCAUUUCUCUCUCCCAAUUCCAACAGCAAAAAUGGGUAGCCUUGAAAAUGAGAGAACUGUGAUAGGAUGGGCAGCAAAAGACCCAUCUGGGAUCCUCUCCCCUUAUUCCUACACUCUCAGAAACACAGGCCCAGAGGAUGUUUUGUUGAAUAUCAUCUACUGCGGAAUCUGUCACAGUGAUCUUCAUCAAGUGAAGAAUGAUCUUGGCAUGUCACGUUAUCCCAUGGUUCCUGGGCAUGAGGUAGUUGGAGAGGUGGUGGAGGUGGGAUCAGAGGUGACCAAGUUCAAAGUAGGAGAUGUGGUCGGAGUUGGAGUUCUUGUUGGAAGUUGCCGGAAUUGUAAUCCAUGUAAAUCAGAUAUUGAGCAGUACUGCAACAAGAAAAUCUGGUCAUAUAACGAUGUCUACACCGACGGCAAACCCACACAAGGCGGCUUUGCCCAGUCCAUGGUGGUCGAUCAAAAGUUUGUGGUGAAAAUACCAGAUGGGAUGUCACCAGAACAAGCAGCGCCACUAUUGUGCGCAGGAUUGACAGUGUAUAGCCCAAUUAGCCACUUUGGUUUGAAGAAGAGUGGGCUAAGAGGAGGCAUAUUGGGACUUGGGGGAGUAGGACACAUGGGUGUGAAGAUAGCAAAGGCAAUGGGACACCAUGUGACUGUGAUAAGUUCGUCAGACAAAAAGAGGGAGGAGGCUUUGGAACAUCUUGGUGCUGAUGACUACUUGGUUAGCUCUGAUACAACUAGGAUGCAAGAAUUUGCUGAUACCCUUGAUUAUAUAAUUGAUACUGUGCCUGUAUUUCAUCCUCUUGAGCCUUAUAUCUCUCUGUUGAAACUUGAUGGAAAGCUUAUCUUGUUGGGUGUUAUCAAUACCCCCUUGCAGUUUCUCACUCCUAUGGUCAUGCUUGGUAGAAAAACAAUCACAGGGAGCUUCAUAGGAAGCAUGAAAGAAACAGAGGAGAUGCUUGAAUUCUGCAAGGAAAAGGGAGUGACCUCCAUGAUUGAAGUAGUGAAAAUGGAUUAUGUUAACAAAGCAAUGGAAAGACUGGAGAAAAACGACGUCAGAUACAGGUUUGUUGUGGAUGUUGCUGGUAGCAAGAUGGAUCCCUGAGAAAAAUAGCAAUCACAAACUACGAAACUAAAGCUACAACUGUAUGAAUGGUGUUCAGAUGCUCUGUUUUUUUUUUUUUUUUCCUUCCUUUUACUUUCUUGGUGGGUUGAAAUGGCGAGAAUCAAAGCUAGCCUGUAAUAAAAGAAGAAAGAAAAAGCUGAGAUGCUGUGUCUAUGAUGAGGAUGUUUUAGUUUUCUUAAUUCAAUGCAUUGUGGUUGUGUUGAUUUGUGGCC